UCCGCAUAGUCGAUUCCCCCAAUUCACAAUAUGAAUAGGUCACGACGACCCCUGCGCACGUUAGUAGUACGCCCUUUGCUUCUCGCCCCUUCUCCUGCCGCUCCCUUUUAUAUCUAUCUCAUCCCCGCUAAAACUCCUUUCCGUUCGCCAUUGCAUUCUAUCUACAGAUCUCGCGCCUUCUCCUUCUCCCGCCCGGCUUUCCCCUUCUUUUUGCUCUAUUUUUUCAAGGGUUCCAUCCGAUUCCAGGCGAUUUUGAUCGUUUUCAGCAUAGAUGGAACAUUCAAUGGAAGACUAUGAUGAGUAUGAUGAAUAUGAAGAUGAUGAUCAAAUGUAUGAAGAAGAAGAGGAGGAGGAAUAUGAAGAGGUGAGGGACCCUAAACCUACCAAGGAAGAAAUAAAAUAUCUUGAACUAAGGCAACGACUGAAAGAAAGAAUUAGAAAGCAGGCAAAAAAAGACGGUGGUUCUCACUUGAAAUCUAACGACAAGAAGAAGCUUCCUUAUGACAAUUUUGGGUCAUUCUUUGGACCUUCUCAACCUGUCAUUUCUCAAAGAGUAAUUCAAGAAAGCAAGUCAUUAUUAGAAAACCAGCACUUGGCAUCUAGGGUUUCUGACCACGAUCAUGGUAAUAAGAAGAGCCAUGGAUCCAACAGUGCAGCUUCCAAACCUAAGGCUCCACCGAAAAUCAUAAACGAGAAGCAAACAAAAGUUCAAAAACUAAAGGAUACCAGAGACUACUCCUUUCUAUUUUCCGAGGAUGCACAUGUUCCUGCUUCGACAAAAGAGCCUUCAACAAGUGUUUUUGCCCCAAGUACUGAGGCACGUUCAGCUCAUAUUCCCAUGAAAAGUAAGCAGCCUCUGAGUAAUCCUCGUCAGAAUAUUCACGUCGGGCAUAAAGAUCAGAAAUCUGUUCCUAUGAAUGGGCAAAUGCAUCCCAAUAACAAGUCUUCAUCUUCUUGUAAACCCAAUUUGUCUAUGAUGAAGGCUAAGAAACAAUUGGGUAAUAGCAACCAUGGGAAUGAUCCUGGACGGCCAGUGGGUAAUAGCAACCAUGGGAAUGGUCCUGGCCGGCCAGUGGGUAAUAGCAACCAUGGGAAUGGUCCUGGCCGGCCAGUGGGUAAUAGCAACCAUGGGAAUGGUCCUGGCCGGCCAGUGGGUAAUAGCAACCAUGGGAAUGGUCCUUGCCGGCCAGUGGGUAAUAGCAACAAUGGGAAUGGUCCUGGCCGGCCAAUGGGUAAUAGCAACAACGGGAAUGGUUCUGGCCGUCCGAUGGGUAAUACCAACAACAGGAAUGGUCCUGGCCGGCCACAGGGUUAUAGCAACCAUGGGAAUGGUAUUGGCCGGCCACAGGGUAAUAGCAACAAUGGGAGUGGUCCUGGACGGCCAAUGGUGGCUCCAAAAGCUUCAUCUUCUCACAUGCAGAAGAAACCUUCUCUACCAGGUAUGAAGAAUUCUGUACCUGGCGUGCACAAGCCAUUGCCGUCAAAGAAGCUUGAAGAUAAGAGGAAUGAAAUGCGAUUACCGGCUAAGGCCAAAGUAGCACCAAACCGGCCAGCACCAUCAAGACCUCAGAUAAGCAAGCCACCACCUCAAAGACAAGCUUUAUCACGUCCGACCAUGAAUGAUCAGCGACCCAAGAAAAGGCCUGCUAGACGAUACUCUGAUGAUGAGGGCGAUGAAGCUAUUAGUCUAAUCAGAAAAAUGUUUCGAUAUAAUCCUGCAAAAUUUUCGCAAGAUGAUGAUGAUAGCGAUAUGGAGGCCAAUUUUGACGAUAUAAUGAUGGAGGAGAAAAGAAGUGCAAAAAUAGCAAGGAAGGAGGAUGAAGAGCAACUUCGUCUGAUCCAGGAAGAAGAAGAACGGGAGAGGCGUGCGAGAAUAAAAAGGCUUAAAAAAUCGAGAGGCAGCAGUUAGUGUUUUUUUUUUUUUGGGAAAGGUUUAUAUGGGUAGAUUUAACAUCAUUUGUUACUUUGAUGAAAUCAUCAAAGAAGUCCCCCUUCGCUCCAAAUCACAGUUUGUUGUAUUUUCGAUUUCUUUAGUGCAAGAAGCUGCAGCUUAAUUAUGGGGAUUUCCUUUUGUAGAUUGCAAAAAUUAGUGUUCUUAACUUCGCUGACAACAUUGUUGAAGGCCCCCUGUAUUUACCGAAGGCUCUAUGGCGAUUCAAUCACAUUCAAUUUCAAGAAUCCUAGCGACUGCGUCA